CCGGCCAUGUGCACAUUGUCCCCCCCAUGUUUCCCGCCCAAUCGAAUUUCAAAACCUCCCCUCAACAAUGUUUCCCUCCCAAUCGAAUUUCCUUUCAUUCCUGAGAAAUACCCAGAGGCAGAGACGGAAGGAAUGGCCUCAAUGGACAAACACCACCACCACCCAUUCCGAGAACACGAACACCACCACCGCGACCAUACAAGCUCCGUCACCGCCGUCUCUUUCAAAUCCGACCGGGACGACGAACCGUUCACCAACGAAGACCUCCAAGCCAUUGACGCUGCUCUUCAAUCAGCCUCCAAAAGGCCACGACCCUCCUCUUCUCACAACCACGACGACGACGACAACCAUAAUUACGGUCCAGAUCCCCCAACCGGUGGUGGAAGCCGCCGAAGAUUGCCCAGUUCCAUUCUCGCUUCCCAGGAACCGAACCCAUUCUCUCUUUCAACUUGCCGAGCCAAUUUGAGGAUGAGAUAUCCUGUGAUGAAGUUUGGAGGUCAAAUUACAUAUAGCAGAACUGUAGCUGAAGUGGAGGCAGCUGCAAUGGAGCUCCUAAAGACUGUUGAAGCAAAGAAUAGAGAAGUGGGUGAAGCUAUAGUUGGAUUUGACAUUGAAUGGAGACCUACAUUCAAAAAAGUAUUGGAAGGCAGUGGGAAGGGUAGUGAUCCUCGAUUUGAUAUUACAGAAUUGCCAAACCGUGAGAAUGGCUUUAGCUUUUACAAAUUCUUUUUUGAAGUUGUAUUUUUGGUAUCCCGACUUUUCAUAUGUCUGACAAGUCUUGCAUGCCAUACCUUGUAGCUAUGCACUGGAAUUGCUAAAGUUUCGUGAAGUUGGGGUUGAAGUUAUUUUAAAGGCAAAGUAGAACUACAAUGUCAACUCCUAAAUUAUUAUAAUAUAGUUCUGAUUUUUAUCUUUAUAUCUUAAAUGUUAUAGGAUGUAAGAAAGAGAUGGGACAUGCAGUCUCGUGCAUUUUACAACUUAUUUAGACAGGCUGAUAGAGUAAAAAAGCUUGCUGAAAUUAUCCAAAGAUUGGAGCAUGGUGAUUUGAAACUCAGAGUUCGAGCUUUGGAAUCUGAAAGGACAUUCCAACGUAUUGCAACUAUUCAAAAGACAAUAGGGAGUGCAGUAGCUGCUGGAAACCUAGUAAACCUUGCAACAAUUUUGUACACCAAUUCUAUUCGAGUGUCUGCCAUUGCAGCUUAUACCUUCCAGCGUUUUUUGGUUUUCAAGUUCUCAUUGGCAUUAUAAAGGUCCAAAAAUUAGAUGAGCAUGAAAGAUUAAUAAAAGGAAUUGCAUAAACAACUGGUAAGUGAUCUUCUUC